AUGGACUCACGAUCUCUACGCCUGUUACAAUCAGAUGCCUUCGUAACACCGUUAAAUGUGUUUGCAACACAUUUAAAUGCACCAUGUUCAUCAAUUUUACUGGCUCAGGAAGAUGUGUAUUCACGGGUUUAUUUGAUUGUGGGGAAGAUCACUGGGGAGGUAAGGAGGUUAAAACGGUUUUUUUAUUUUAAAAAUUUUGUUUGAUGAAAAAUUUAAAUUUAUUACCUAAAAUUAAAAAAGUUGUUAUUUUUUAAGAAAAAUUUGUAAAAAUAUUAAAUUUGAACUAAAAUUCAAUUUAAAAAUUAAAAAAAAUAUUUUUUACUUUUUCAGACAGUGUUCUUCCCAGUUGAUCGUGCCGAAUCCGUUUCGAAGUUUGAAUCCGAAUCCAAAGAGCCAAUUACAGCAAUUACUGCUGGCGACGUCAGGAAUACUGGAAAGUAAGUUUUUGCGUAAAAACAGAGGUUGGUAUUGAGUAUUUUUUAAAUUUAAGUAAUACUUUUACAUAUUUUAACUUUUAAUUUAAAAUGAGGAGUUUUUUUUGAAAUUUAGGUAAUAAGUUUUGAAUAUUUAAAAACUUUUGAGUAGAAAUGACGUUUUUUUUAAAUUUUACAAUUAGGUAACAAGUUUGAGUUUUUUUUCGGUUUUGCGUUAGAAUUGAGGGUUUUUUUUAAUUUUAGGUAACAAAUUUGAAUUUUUUCAAAAAUUUUUUUGUUGGAAUUGACUUUUUUUUUAUUUUUAGGUAAAAGUCUAGAAUUUUUUACAGUUUUGCAAAGAUUUUAGAAAUAAAAAAAUAUUCAUAUUCAGAGUAGAAGUAGUGACGGUAUCGUGCAAUGGCCACCUCCAAUCCCUCCGCUUCCCCCACCCCACCAAACUCACUGCCACGCCCAUCCCGACCCGCGUCUUCUCCCAACAAGUCAAUGCCAAUGUUUGUGCGGCCGAAUGUUUCGAUAUUGAUGGCGAUGGUCUGAACGAGUUCCUAGUGGUGAUGACCGAUCGCGUGGUACGAUCGUAUCGAUUCGACCAGUUGGCCGACUGUCUGGUACCGCAAAACAAAUGGGAAAUGCCGAAUCAGAUAUCGGGUUGGGGACUGGGGCUUGGUAAUGGAUAUGGAACUGGUCAUGUGUCGGGAAAUGGGAGUAAUGGUACUGUUGGUAUAGUAGAGGAAGGUGGGACCAAGUUUGGAUUCUUGGCAGGUGGUACUGGAGGAGGAGAUACUGGGUAUGGGACUGGUGCAGUAGGACGAGAUACUGGUUAUGGGAUUGGUGCAGUAGGACGAGAUACUGGGUAUGGGACUGGUACAGUAGGACGAGAUACUGGAUAUGGGAUUGGUGCAGUAGGACGAGAUACUGGGUAUGGGACUGGCACAGGACAAGGAAGUGGGCGCGGUACUGUGUCUGGAACAUCAGAAGGAGCUCAAAGUUAUGGUACGAAUAGUGCAGCUGGACAAAGUACUACGUAUAGUACUGGAGAUGGUACAGUUAGAGUAGGAGAGAAACAUGGUAUUGGAUCAGGGCAUAGUGCAAGGACUGGGCAUGCUUCCGGAAAUGGUACUGGUAGACUUGAAGAUAAUCUGGUAGAAAGUUUAGGUAUUAACGAUGUUUUAUCGACAGGAAGGACAAGGAAGCACGAUACUAAUGAAAACAGUAAAAAUCUGCAAGGUAAGAGCCUUACUGGUACUAUUGGGACGUUUUAUGUUUUUUGAAAUUGUUUGCACGGUACAACUAAUUUUGUAAAGAAAGUUCUUUCUAUUUUUUGUUUUGUAAAGAAAUUUUUUUUUUUGUUUUGUAAACAAAGUUCUUGCAGUUAUGUAUUUUUGUUACCUAAUUUUAAUUUAAAACCAAUUUAUUUUAGGAAAUCCUCUAAAUUCAGCACUAACAGUUGGACUAGCUGAUUGUGUCUUAGCUAACCAGCUAAAAACUGGAUUGGACCUAGCGGACAAUCUAAAAAAGUUACUUCAUAAUUCAACAAGUGGUCACUUUCUAAACGCUACACAAUCGUACGAUCUUCAGAGUCUUCAAAGGACUGGGUUAAGUCCUAUGAAUCUUCAGAAUCCAUCAACUGCAAUGUUGAAGUCAUUGUCAAAAAGUCAAGGGAUUCAGAUUCUGUCUUCCACGAGUACUGGGAUCCAGAAUCUAGCGUCAAAUAAUCAAAGUAUUCAGAAUACGAUGAAUCAGAAUCCUUUGAAUACACUGUCGAUUCAGAAUCCUCAGGACUUGACUUCAACGUCUCAGAAUCAGAAUUUUCAAAACUCAACUUCACAGAAUCAGAAUUUAAUUAUAGCGUCGCAGAAUCAGAAUUCAAGUUUACCGUCGCAAAAUCAGAAUCCCACUUCACCGUCGCAGAAUCUUCAGAAUGCAUCGUCAAAGCAUAAUCUUCUGAGUCCAACUAGUACAAACUCGAAUCUUCUGAAUCUUACCUCACCAUCCCAGGAUCUUCUGAAUCUUACAUCACCGUCAAAUCAGAACCUUCUGAAUCCAUCGUUCUUCUCAACAUCAGGAAUAAGCCUACCCUUCGGCCUAGGCCAAGAAAACUGGGCUCUCUUAAGCCAGGCUUGCCAAUCCCAGUACGUUCGUCUCGAUUUUGGCUUAAGUAAGAACGUCAAGGUCGUGCAGAGCACGGUAGCGGACAGAAAGUACGUUACCCUUCUCUUCAUACCUCCGAAUCCACAUUCAGUAAGACUCAUGCAAUCUCUGGUCAAUAAGCUCGUCAUCGUGUCUGGAGGCAAAGAAGUCGAGCUGCAGAAUCCGGGCGGUGACUUUGUUUGCGUCACACAUGCCAGGCUACACUCUGGGCUGCAUACCGUGAUCACGGUGGACCCAUGGGGACAGUUGUUGGUUUAUGCGUUUACGAAGGAUACGGUAGGUUUUGUGUGUAAUUUCUUGGGAUACGGUACUGAGUUUAGGGGGAUGCUGUAGGUUUUGGGGGUGGGGUAAGGUGUGGUAGGGCAAGUUAGAGCAAGGUAGGGUAGGGUGGGGUAAAGUGUGUUAGGGCAGAAUAAAGCAAAGUAAGAUAUAAUACUGUAGGAUAGAGUAGGUAAGGGUGAGUACGAUGCGCUUAUGACAUAUUGAAAGUUAUCAUGUUUCAGCAAGUAAUAGACCCAGUAGCACGAUGUAACGUACUCCGAGACGUCGACCAUAUGUGUGCUUUUGCCGGCCCCAGCAAUUACAGCCUGUUCUUGAGUAUGGUGAACAUCUACAACAAAGUGGCAAUCUAUCUGAUCGAUCUUGCACAUAUCAUACAAUUAAUGUAA